AUGUUUCACGCAAUUUGGAUUAUCACCGUGGUGCUGUUCGUGCAACAGAGCCACACUGCUGGUUUUGCACCCCAAAGUGCGUCGAUUCCGAGGGUUUGUCUAAACGGUGUGAAAAAUGAGUUGGGAAAUUGUGUUUGCAAGCCCGGUUUCAGUGAAUACCAGGGCAACUGCUUUCAAAUUAGCGCACCAUCGACCUGCCAGCCGGGUUCUAUCUUAAUUAACGGGAGUUGUAAACCAAUGUAUCUAGCACCGAGAGGGGACGUAAUUCCGGCGAAGCAAAAGUACGUUGUUGUACCUCCAUUGCGAGUGCAACUCGAUCCAGUCUACACGGAGGAGGCAGACCCAGAGGAUGAAGAUGGUGAAGACGAUAACGUGUCCAUGCCACCGAUUCGGGAUACCUAUCUCAACGUAAACUUCAAGAAAGGCGUUAAUAACCACAACGUUAUUAAUAACGAAACGCGUCUUAACACCAACAACGUGAACAAUGUCAUAGUUCACAUAACUCGCUUAAAUGCACACGGAGCCAUAAGAACGGUUGUGAUAAGAAAUAAUGAAUCGACCGUAUAUGAAGAAGAACCUGACAAGAAACAACCCAACAUAAUAGAUGAUUCCGGUACAGAGGAAGAGCUAGAAGAGGCAACUACAACCGAAACGCCUGUCACGGAUCUGCCAUGUUGUAGGAUGGUUUCUCCAAGAGUUUGCCGAAAGCAGUCGGACGAGUGGGUUUGCUUUCACUGGAAGCAGUACAUAUGCAGUGAGGUUUGCACUGCAAAAGUCAUGUAUUUACGCCCCAAGAAACCGUACUAUCGAGAUCCUUGGCUGAUUAUGCCACCGAUUAUGAACCCCUUUGCACAACUAGAUCUCUGCCAGUUCGGAGAGUGUCCCCAACCAGAUUGUUCCGGUUGCCUUCAAGGAAGGCGUCAGGAGGAAUGCCAUCCGAUGUGCUACACGUACGACUGCAUGCAGGAUAAGAGCUGCCGCUUUAUUAGCAUGGAGUUGAUCUGCAAGAAUAAAACGGAAGGGAUAUGUGCUUUGCUGGGGAAUACGACAGCCACAUUGCAAACACCCCGAAACCAAGCAAAAUCAAACGAAAAUGUGGACGGUGAAGAUAAAUGA